ACCUGACCUAUUGUCUUGUCCAGAGCCGUUCCAUACUUUUUCUGUUUUCGUCAUCCCAGUGAUUAUACGCUGUUCUGUACAGAACGGCACUGCGACAACAAGCUAUUACCCGAAUCGGCUGGGCACAUACAAUGUACAGAAACCAUCUGCACAGUGACCCUCACGCUUUUUCCGAUUGUUGACCGUUAUGUGUUAUCCAAACAACAUUUCAAACACGUUUCAUGCUCCUUGAGGUUCCAAAGGAAUUCCAUUCAUCAUCAUUUAUAUUCUUCCUCCUGACCCAAAUGGAAGUGAAGGAGGUACUGACGCUUAACCGCAAUUGGUUAGUGUCUUUCUCUUCGUCGUCCUUACUGAAAGCGCUGGACUGUACGGGCAGAGUCACGGUGCAGACUGCAAAAGACUGGGAUUUAUGCGCAGAGAAUGACAUUGAUGCGGACCUCCUCACUCAAUUCACGAAUCAAGGAAUGAAUAUCAUGAGUGGUGGGUCGGAUCAUCACGGACACACGUCCGAUCCAGUCACAGUCUUUACGUCGUCCAAGAACGAAUUUACUACUCCGUAUUAGGUCCGGAAGAAAAGACGGAAUUGGACUCACAGCAGAAUUAUAAAGACUCAAUUCUUUGGUCUGUGUGACAAUCGCCUUCCCCAGGUU